AUGAAGUGUGCCAUCGUCCUCGCCUCCCUUCUCGCCCUCGCCAGCGCCGCCGCGGUCGAGAAGCGCGCCGACUACCCCGCUUGUGGAACCACCGGCCCCGCCACGCUCCACGUCCCCGACAGCGUCACCGUCGGGCAGAAGUUCCCCGCGCGCUACUGCUCCGGCCAGUACGCCAAGACGUCCUCCAAGUCGAUUACGCUCGCCGUGGACGCGCGCGGCACGGCCGACGUCGACGGCGCGAUCAUCAUCGCGGACGGGCUGACGCCGGGCGCGGCGGGGAAUAGCACGCCCGAUGCGGCGGGGAGCGACAAGACCGCCGCGGCGGGGAGCGACGAGACCGCGGCGGCAGGGGGCAACACGUACGACUUCGAGGCAGAACUCCCGCAGGGGCAGACGCAGUUCCCGGGCGCGGUGAGCUUGGUCGUGGUGGAGAAGAUUAAUGAUUAUUAUGUGGUGAGUCGCGGUGUGGCACUUGUGCGGGGUGAAGUAGGUUGGCUGACUGUGCGGCAGGAGUCGAGCUACGUUGUGUUCACGCAGGAGGUCAAGGUCGUUUCUGCCUAG